AACCAACAUAGGCGUAUGAGUGGCUUCUUUAACAUAUGUGUGUUGAGCUCCAGCACCAAAGAGGCGAGACAGAUGUCCCGCUCUACACCGCGCUCUCCGCGUCGCCAUCAGCGUGAUUGCGCGCACGAGCCGGAGCGUGGAGCUCGGGAACAUCACGACUCGACGCCAGAAAAGCCCCGCGCUGCUCCCUCGCCAGGUCUCCCUGGGAUCCGGGUUUUGCAUCGCUCCUGCAUUUGCAGAUUUUCCGCGAGACGCUUCAGAGUGCAGGACGCGCCACGACGCCGCUCGCCUUCCUCCAUUUCCCCGCGACGACAACACUGGAUUCUACUCCCACCUAAAUAAUGUUGCCGAAGCUUCGGCAGCGAGAAGCCUGAAGAUUUGAGCUGCGCCCUCCGGAGACACGUGUGUUGGGGCUAAACCCCGCGCUCUCCGUCCUGUCACCCGCAGCAGCCUCCUUGUUGUUUGUUCGCUCCUUUUGUUCGAGCGACAACCGUCUCGGCUGCAGGCUUCUCCCUCCAGUUUGUGGUCUUCAAAAGAGCGCGGAGAUGUCGGAGGUGCUGCCGUUCAACGAGGAGAAAGUGAGUCAUUAUGGAAACGAGGGCGACGAGGGACACCUUUCCUUCACCUGUCGUCUUCAAGACACCAACAACUUCUUCAACGGAUCGCAGAACAAACGUCCGCCAAAGCUGGGCCAGAUAGGCAGAAGCAAACGAGUUGUUAUCGAGGAUGAGAACGGCGAAGACGAGGCGCAGAAAAAUGGAACAGAGAAGACCCCGGCAGAGGCUUAGACCGCCACGGCUGACUGCCCCCCCCCACCCUCCCUCCUCUUAAGAGACACUUGAAAUUUUUUAAAAAUGGCGAUAUUUACCAGUCUCAAUCCAAAGACACUGUAUAUAAGCACUUUCUCUCAUGUGGCAGCGAGCAGCUCUUCCACACCCGAGGGAGACCCCCGGGUGGACCCCCGACUCCUACGCAACGUACGCACCAACGCGCUAACAAACGCCCUGAUCGCAGGGCCUCGCCAUAAACCCAAACCUGAGAUCAACUGCAGGGGGCACCGGGGGGGGUCGUCGGAGGAGGCCGCUGUCGAAAUGCAGAAUUCAGGGAAGGAAACAGACGUAAAUCUGACGUAAAAACUAAAGCACACGCUUGUUUAACUUCUAACUCCACACCAGACCGUUGGUCCCGCGCCUCAGUUGGAUGGCGAGUUUGUACAUACAGAGAGCCCGGCCCAUAUCUUACCGCACAAGUGGGGGUCCAUGAACUGUUUUCCGUUGAAUAUUUAUUUCGUGUUGUCGCAGCGACGCAAGGCCAGUUUCAAGUGUUUCUUUUUUUUAAAUGUUGAGUGAAUGGGUUUCGAUUGUUGCCGAGUGUUAUUUUUGGUUUCAGCAGACGGGGUUUCCCGCAGAGAAUCGGUGGGGGCGGGCUCAUAAGGUCACAGCCUAUGUUCUGUCAGUUUUCUGUGUGAGUGCGAGUGCAUGGUGUCGGACAGGGAGUGGCGUAGCAUUUCCUAUAAGAUCAACAUCUGUUGUCGUGUGAUGUUUUUUUGGGGGUCAGUCGAUAUUGUCAGUGCUGCGGGAAACCCUGGUGACCUUCUGCCCUGUUGCCCAGGCUCCCACCUGGCUGAUACUAUAAGUGAUCUAUUGCGUUAUUGUGUGUGCCAAAAGUUCACGCGGAAUAUUCCGACUACUGUUGUUGCGUUUUUGCUUCUUUUUUUUUUUCCUUCAUGGCCUUUUUUUUUUUUUUUAAUUGUUGUUGCUGUUGUUUGGUUUGAGCCAUUUUUAGGGCUCUUUCUUCAAAGACUGAAAAAAUCAAGUCGUGCAUGGCAAACCUAAAAUCAUGCAUGCCUGGCAGAAGCUCUGAAACUCUUGUGUAUUCUUGGAGCACCUCGUAUACAGCUUUGAAUGACAAACCUCAAGAAACGGUCUUAACGCUGCGUUGUACUGUACAACUCACUUGGACUUGUACGUCGGCCUCAUAUCUUGUAAUAAAGACGAUGACAAACUAUAUACUGUUAGGUGUUGAUUUGGCUUUACAGUACGGAAUGAUGUACUAGAUGUAUCGGUUUCCUUCUGUUUUUAAUCUUGUUUUGCAAUUGUAGCGAAAACACUAAAGUAUAGUUUUGUAUAAGGACGAUUAGAGGUCGUAGGUUGACUGACUUUUGGAUGUUCUUGUACAGUUUCCUGUUACUGGAUGCCACGGAGGGUCAAGUCAGCAUUUUCCACUGUGAGAUAGUAGCACCGGGAUCUUUCUAUGGAACCGUCUCGUUUUGAAGGAUGUAGAAAUUGGAACAGAGAUGAAUAAAUAUUCAAAACAA